AACAGAACUCUUAUCGUUUGGUCUUGAUUACCGUUAUCUUAUCUGAGUCGGCGGGGCCAGUGGUGAAUCAGUCGCGUUGUUGCGGUGCAAUCGUUUGGUAGCAUGAAAUCUAUCGCGGCACUUUUGUCGACGCCGCUGCUGCUUCUGCUGCUGACUUGCAGCAAUUGGCAACAGACGAAUGCUGCUCGGAUUUUGUGCAUUGUCGGCACGCCGGCGCACAAUAAUCCUGGCUGGGUGCUGCCCUUCUUCCAAACACUCGCUGAGCGCGGCCACCAGCUGACUGUGAUUGGCUCACAGAUGGAUGCAGACAUACCUGGCAUAACUAGCGUUCCGGUGAGCAACGAGUACGACGUGAUUAGGAAGCACUAUGUGGACGCGAUGGGUCACUACCAGAACUAUUGGGAUAUUAAGCAGCUGCUCAUUUGGUAUGAGGCACUGCUUGGCACCUGUCGCUCCACGGUUGAGACACUCUUCUUCAAGAAUUUCAACAUUCCGGAGGGCAAUUUUGACUUGAUUAUCUAUGAUGCCACAUAUUCCAUCGAAUGUCUACUCACGAAGCUGCCCCAGCUGCGAUCUGUGCCCGUGAUGGCUCUCAGCAGUGGCAAGCUGACGACAGACCUACUUCAGUUAGUUGAAGCAGAAAACACGAUCAGUGCUGCAACGAUUCCGCACUUCGCCAGUCGACUUCCUCUCGAAAUGACGUACUGGCACUGCCUGCAGAACCAUGUCAUGUACCUGGCCGAGCGAUUCAUUCAAUGGUCUGUGGUUCAGCCCGUCUUAAACGGCAUGCUGGGUAACGGGUACUUCAAUCCUGAGGUGCAGGUAGUGCUGCUUAACACGCAUCCGGUCCUGGACUAUGUGCAGAACAUGCCACCGAACGUUAUAGAGGUGGGUGGCUUGCACAUUCUCUCCGAGUCGGAGCCGUUGCCCUUCAGCACGCAGGACUUUAUAGAUCGCUUUUCCGAGGGGAUCAUUUACAUAAAUCUGCCCCAUAUUGAGCUGAUGUAUGGCUUGGGCAUUCAGGCGAUUGAAACCAUGAUCAGGGAGUACGGCCAGUUCGGCUUCCUCUGGAAUGUGAACAAUGUGAAGGAGCUGCAGUUGUCCGAGAACUUUUACAAUCUGAGGGCCAUCAACGUGGUUGAAAAUAUGCAGCAAAAUAUUUUGGCUCAGUCCAAUGUAAAAGUAUUUCUCAGUCAUGGAGAUAGCUUCAGCAUCCAGGAAUCUCUCUACAAUGCGGUUCCAAUUAUUGUGUUGCCCUUGCUGAUGGAUCAGAUCAAUAAUGCCCAGCGCUUGGAGGACCGUCAUUUGGGAGUUCGAGUUUCACCCAGUGACUUUGCAGUCAAUAGCUUCUCCGCAGCUCUGAAGCUACUGAUACGGGACGAUUCCUAUUUGGAAUCAAUGCAGCAAGCACAACUCAAUUAUCGCACACGUCAACUGAAGCCUUUAGAUGUGGCCGUUUGGCAUGCGGAGCAAUUGGUCAGCCAGCCCAACCUCUUUAAGCAUUUGUCUGUGUCCAAGUCUUCUGGAAUGUUUUACCUCAUUAGAAAAUCUACGGAAGUUUUGAUUGUACCUCUAAUUUUUUUACUCUUAUUCUUUGGCAAUUUCAUCUUUCUGAUCUGGCAAAGCAUAAAUAAGAAGAAGGUGAGACGCAUUAAAGAAAAGAAGGUAAAAGCCAAGCCACAGGAGGACAAGAAAGAAGAUUAGUUAUGGAAUAGAGAUUCAAAUUAUAGGUGCUUAACAUCGGAACAAACCAUCAAGUUA